AUGAAGUCGGUCAACCUUUUGGAAGGGACUUCGGCUGAAGACAAUGUCAAGUUCCACGAAGUGGCGAAAAUCAUCUACAAGGCAAGAAAAAUCACCGCUUUAACCGGCGCUGGGAUUUCAUGCAAUGCCGGCAUUCCUGAUUUCAGGUCAGACGACGGUCUCUAUAACUUGGUAAAAGAAAAGUACCCACAGAGCUUCAUCAAAGGCCAGGAUUUGUUUGACAUUUCACUUUUCCGCAAUCAGGAAACGCUUCUGAUAUUCUGUACGUUUAUGGAGGGUCUUUACAAGCACUCGUUGGCCGCAAAAGCAACGGAAACUCAUAGGUUCAUCAAGACCCUCAAGGAGAAAAACAAGCUCUUGCGUUGCUACACUCAGAACAUUGACAGUCUAGAAAAGAGAAUCAACCUCAAUUGUGGGAUCAACCCUGCGGAGUUCAAUGAACUUGAAAACGGCUCUGGAAAACUGUUUAGAGACAACUGGAAGUCGCUAGAUGUCGUCCAGCUCCACGGCAACCUUCAUAAACUUCUGUGUACGCAGUGCUUUUCCCACUACGAGUGGACGCCGGAGGCACAGAAAAAACUCGAAAGAGGAGAAAAUCCAGAGUGUGAGAACUGCUACCUCAAGUAUCAAGAAAGAUUAUAUUCCGGGAAGCGCCUCACGGGCAGCAUAGGCAUCCUCAGGCCAGACAUUGUAUUAUAUGGAGAGAACCACCCUCAGUCGGAGAUGCUCACUAGAGGGCUCAACAUCGAUCUUGGUAUAAAGUGCGAUUGCCUUCUCAUCAUGGGCACCUCCUUGAAGGUAGAUGGUGUGAAGAAGUUAGUUAGGCGUCUAGCAAAAUCUAUUCAUGACAGAGACGGCAAGGUGAUUUUCAUCAACAAGCUGCCUUUGCCUAAGCAAUGGGCCAAUUUGGUGGAUUACGAGAUUCUCACAGAUUGUGACGACUUUGUCAGGUUGCUCAAGAAAGAGGUUCCCGAUUUGUUCUUGACUCAGGAGCAGCUUGACUCAAAGAGACUCAAGUGCGCCACCAUGACACCAAAAUCGAUCAAGAAGGAAGUUCUCCAUGAUAUCAAGACCGAAGCAAUUGCCAUGUUGCACAAGAUGAAGAACGAGGCUGAGGAAGAGGGCCAGAUCAAGCAAGAAGACGCUGAUCUUCUCACUCCUCCUACAACACCAAGCAAACAAAGAACGAUUCUUCUACCCAAAAGCCGACCUUCACUUAAACGAAGGAAAUCAAGUACAGAUCAACGGUUGCCCACACCAGCUUCCAGCUUUUGCGAGCCGAUUAAAGUGGAGUCUGACAGCGAUGUCGCCACCGACUGUGAUGAGGAAACUCCUCUCCAGGAUGUGAGCAAGUCCACGCUCAACCGCGAAACCAAGAGGAUAUGUCUCAAGCCAUGCUCUUAUGAUUAA